GAGGUGAGAUGGAGCAGUGUGAUUUUUCUGUCUCGCAUGCAUUUCACGUUGUUGGGAUAUAUCGCGUACCGCUACUUAUGCCCUCACCUGGAUCUCUCCGUAUCCAAACCCUAGCGUUCUCCGAACCUAAUCUGCUCCCCCCCUCCUCGGAUUUGAGAUCAUGGUUUCAGCGAUGGAUCUCAAGGAGCACAAGUUCGUCGUCGCUGGGCUCCUCUUCUUUGUGACCCUUGUCCUCGCGAAGAUCGUGGCCGCCGUCCUGGCGCCCAAGUCCAGGAAGCGGCUGCCGCCGACGGUGGCGGCCCUGCCGGUCGUCGGCGGGCUGCUGCGGUUCAUGAAAGGCCCGAUUCCGAUGAUCCGGGAGGAGUACGCGAAGAUCGGUAGUGUGUUCACGGUGAACAUCAUCAACCGGAAGAUCACCUUCUUCAUCGGGCCGGAGGUGUCGGGGCAUUUCUUCAAGGCACCGGAGGCGCAGCUCAGCCAGCAGGAGGUGUACCAGUUCAAUGUGCCGACCUUUGGGCCGGGCGUCGUCUUCGACGUGGACUACUCGGUCCGGCAGGAGCAGUUCCGUUUCUUCACGGAGGCGCUCAGGGUGACCAAACUGCGAAGCUAUGUGGACCAGAUGAUUGUCGAGGCCGAGGACUACUUUUCGAAAUGGGGAGAGAGUGGCACAGUGGAUUUGAAAUAUGAGCUGGAGCAUCUGAUCAUAUUGACAGCAAGCCGAUGCCUGUUGGGGAGGGAAGUUAGAGACAAGCUCUUCGAUGAUGUCUCUGCCCUCUUUCAUGAUCUCGACAAUGGCAUGCGCCCCAUCAGUGUCAUAUUCCCGUACCUCCCAAUCCCAGCCCAUCGCCGACGUGAUCGUGCCCGUGCUAGGAUAGCUGAGAUCUUCUCCACCAUCAUUAAAUCGCGCAAGAGUUCUGGAAAAUCAGAGGAUGACAUGCUGCAGUGCUUCAUCGAUUCAAGGUACAAGGAUGGUCGCCCAACCACUGAAGGAGAGAUUACUGGGCUGCUCAUCGCCGCCCUCUUUGCAGGACAGCACACCAGUUCUAUCACUUCGACCUGGACUGGGGCUUAUAUGCUCAGCUACAAGAAGUACCUCACAGCUGCUCUCGAAGAGCAGCGGGGGAUAAUGAGGAGACACGGCGAUAAGGUGGACCAUGACAUCCUAUCCGAGAUGGACGUCCUCUACCGUUGUAUCAAAGAAGCUCUGAGGCUUCACCCUCCAUUGAUAAUGCUGCUCCGCUACUCUCAUGAUGACUUCACAGUUGCAACAAAAGAUGGUAAGGAGUAUGAUAUCCCGAAGGGCCACAUAGUAGCCACCUCCCCAGCUUUUGCAAACCGGCUUCCCUACAUCUACAAGGACCCAAAUACAUAUGAUCCCGACAGAUUUGCACCUGGGAGAGAUGAAGACAAGGCAGCUGGAGCCUUCUCAUACAUUUCAUUUGGGGGUGGGAGGCAUGGGUGCCUGGGGGAGCCGUUCGCAUACUUGCAGAUCAAGGCGAUAUGGAGCCACUUGCUGAGGAACUUUGAGUUUGAGCUGAUAUCUCCCUUCCCUGAAAAUGAUUGGAACGCGAUGGUCGUCGGGGUCAAAGGAGAAGUGAUGGUGCGAUACAAGCGGCGUAAGCUGUCCAUUGACAAUUAACAGGUGUGAUGGUGCGGUACAAACCACGGAUGUUGUCCGGGGACAUUCAACUGUUUGUUGUCUCCAUCUCUAUCCUAGUUCGAAUCUGUCAUCGUUCUUCUUCGAACCUAGCUGUUUUAUUGUUGUAGUAUGCAUGAUCUUAAAUCUAGAUGUAAUUGUAGGAUGCGUGCUUUGGUCUUGUGGUUUGCAGUACUCUUGAAGCCAUCCAGUGUUCUACUGUUCUGAGUUGUUUGUCAGUGUGUGUUAAGCAGUUGGCAAAGUUGAUCCCCAAAUUGUCAUUUGUCA